AUGAGUUUGGCCACGAAGAGACCCCCCCUCCCAGCACCCACCGAACCCUCGACUCUCGACUCCGCAGACGACACAUAUCUCCGUACAGACGUCGAAACCAACGUCUCUACGCGCACCGACAAGACUUCUUACUCGGUCCCCGAAGACGGCACACCCAUCACCAUCAACACCACCAACACCACCAAGCCCCAGGGCACACUGCACAAAAAAUUCCCCUCGCAGACCUCGCUGCUCAUCGAGUACUUCGAGGCCGGAAAAGAGGAGGGGCAAGGUCCGCUCGCGCCCCAGCGUCCGCCAAACGACCACGUCAAAAUCACCCAGACGAGUCGCCAGCCCCACAAGCCGUCGUACACGCGCCGCAUCUCGCUCGGCAGCAAGCCCCGCGACGACAUCAUCGACACUCGCACCGCCGAGACUUAUUCAGAAGCAUCCACCGUUUCGUCUCUGCCACCCGUAGAGAUCGAAGUGCUGCAGAACACCAGCGACGUCUCGAGCAACGGCGCUGGACGGUUCCAGAUCAUGGCAUCCGACAUUUCAUCCAUGCCACCAGACAGCAUGCUUGAAGGAAGCGCCCCAGUAAUCAAGCCUCCCGGCCGUCGCAGAAGCCGGAGCUUGGAGAGAGAGACUGUGGCUGAGGCCAUGGCUGCCGAGGAGCGCGCCACCUUGAAGGCGCCCAAGCACCAGCGCAGUCGAAGCCUGAGCAAGGACCGCAUCACUCAGCGUGUCAUGGAGAAGCUGCAACAGCAGCAGGCUCUAGACGACGCCGCCGCCAAGUCGUCCCGCAAGACGACCAAGGAGGAGUUGACCUCCCCCCGCAGAUCGCACCGAAGGAGGAGCAAGGAUGUCGAGGAAGUCAGCGGCACUGAGUCGAGCCUCCUGUCGUCCAAUGCAGACCGGAAAUCCGGCGCAUACUCAUCGCGCUCUGCCGUCUCUGGCACCUCUUCCAUCCAGAACCCAAAACUGCUCGCCACCGUCGAAGAUGCAAUCAAGCGCCUCAUCUUACCCGAGCUAAAUGCCCUGAAGGAGGACAGGCAGAGUUCGCGAAACCGAGAGAAGUUUGAGCGCAUGUCACGUGAAGACAUCCGCGACAGCAUCAACUACGACGACUCCAUUGCCAGUUCCCGUGAUCCAUCCAGACGCCGGCCAUCUAAAUCCUCGAGCGCUCCCAAGCUCCACGGCAGCAAGCCCAAGGUCGUACUGAACCGCCACGGCGAUGAGCCUGGCGUUGUGCUUUCCGGCGACUCCAUCCGCAAGGAGCGUCGAUCAAGCCGUGGCUCCGAGUCUCAGCGAAGCUAUGCUGACUCUACUUCGCGUGAGAAGACUGAAAAGAGCCAUCGAAGGAAGAGCAAGGACAAGUCUAGCUCGACCUCUGUCAGAGACCAAGCUCUGGCAGGACUGGCAGGUGCCGGUCUUACAGCUGCAGCGUUGAAGUCGCAUACCUCGUAUGAAGAGAAGGAAGAGGAGCGGAGGCAUCGAAAGCGCCACUCUUCUCGGAGCAGCAGAAGUCGUUCAGCAAGCAUCUCCGAGAGUGUGGAAGAGGUGUACAAGAAGCAGCCCGUCCCGCCGCUCCCUUUCAAUCAUAGCGAGCUCAUAGGCGGCUCUGAAAUGACUCGCGACUCGAUCUUGUCCGCAGAGACAGACACAAGGAAAAGGCCCGAGUCGAGAGACUCACGGUCCUCGAUCAAUGGCUCGGCCAGCAUCACUGGAGUGGACAGGAGCUUGGGUGUCGAAACACCACUUCAAGAAGUACCCCGCGGCAUCCUCUCCCCUGCACCGCGCACGCCAACACGGACUCCAAAUGCUUUGCAACAGACGAUGGGCACUGCGCACAGCAAUCGCUCGGUUGGCGAGAUCCGGACCAUCACACCCAAGAGCGAUCGCAGCUACUUUUCAAGAAGGGAGCAGACUGACAAUGCAAGCUUGCAAGCUGCCGCUGCCGCUAAAGCGCGUGCCAUCGAGCGCUCUGACCCACAAGCAUCACAGUUUGAAAUUGCCGAGGACAGUUCGAAUCGCGGAGUUAGUCCAAUCCAAAGUGAAGCGAGCUAUCGCGAAGAGGUCAAUGCCACUGGCUCGCCUCGCCAUAUGCGAUCAUACCAUAGUGGGGCAUCAGUGUCUUCUCUCGGACAAACGAUACAUCGCCCACAGUCAAAUCUUUCCAUUGGUUCGCUAGAAUCCACGGCGAGCACCAAGGCAGCACGGACACGAAAGCGACCGCAAGGCAUCACUCUAGAAAGCAAGCGAUCGGUGCUUGGAGAUUCAGAGACUCCGCGCGAUGCCGAGGACUUUUUCGAAAAGAACCACGAGCAAAAUGAAAUCUAUCGAAGGGAGCUAGAGGAGAGCUCACAGGCAUCCCCAGGCAUCAACUACAACCGCAUGACUAACUACACCGACGAUAGCGCCGAUGGCCAAUACCUGGAUUACCAAGACAAGGCCAACUUUGAAGAUGUCCGCAAAGUCGGUGUCACUCCCGAGUACGUGCACACGCCACUCGCAGUGGAAUCGGCGGUUGCUUCUCUUCACGACCCUUCCACGAUCAGUAACGAGGUGCCCAGUGGUCAGAGAUGGGCUGCCAUCCGUGGUGAAGCAGAGGCUUUACACCACCAAGUGAAUGCGGAGAAUUCUCCCAGGCAGAGCAUUGCCCAAUCAAUCGAUGACCAGCCACAAAUGCACCAUAGUGCAUUCCCUACGGAUGGCCACAUGAUGCCAGAGAUAGGAUAUGGCGUGCAUGACGACAACGACUCAGAUGUUACGACCAACCCAUCUAUUAUCCAAGGACCUCUUGGAGAUGGCUUCCACGAUCAGACCGACGAUCUGUUGAGCCGUCAGGAAGAACGUGAGCGCACGCCGACGUCUUUCAGCAAAGGCGGCGCUAUGGGUGCUGGAGCUGGCGCUGCUGCUAUUGCUGCCGCCGCAGCAAACCAUCUCCAGAACAAUCAAAGUCCUGUCAGUUACGAUGAGAGACGUCAACCCAGUGUGGAGGAUGAAUACGACCAAGACUACAGAGGUGAGACUCAAUACGAGCAACAGUCUGGCUAUGCCCACAGCAACCGUACUCCUGUGUCCAAUGCAACAGGCUGGAGGGACGAAGGGUACCAGUCGGCUAACGCACGUGAAGCCUACACGCCGCAAGGCCGCAAUCACACCAAGUCCUUUGACGAUGACGGGCUUGGUGAUGAUUACGAUGAAUCGGGUCUUGGUGCCCCUGACCUGUUUGCUACGAGUGGAAAACACACUAGACACCAGAGCGGCAACUCUCAUGGCAUGGCCUCGCCUUUGUACGACUCUGCGACCGGCAAAGGUAUCGAUCGCAUUCAAUCCAAGGACAUUGUGGCACUUAUGGACCAUCUCACUGUUCGCGACGCGCAGCGUAAUGCUCGCGAUACCGAGAUCCUUGUUACUCUAGUCCGAAGUGCGGCAGAGAUGCGCAACCAGCUAGAUGACCUAAAGCAGUUCAUCAAGGUCCAGGACAACAUGAUCAUGGGAACCACAGACAAGAGAGUCGGACUCGCUGAGCAACGAAUCUUGGGUGGACCUCGACCACAGCCCAUGAGCUCGCCGAGAGCCAACCGAUCAUCUUCAGAAGAUAUAGAUGUCGAAACGAAGAAGAAGAGCAUGUUCAAACGUGCCCUAAAGGGCCUGACUAUGAAGGGUGGCAGCGACAUGAAACACAUCGAAGACAUGUUGAUGCAGCUGCUCGACGAGGUCGAGGGCUUGAAGCACGUCAACCAGCAGUCUUUGGAUCAGCACGCUCGAACGAACAGUAUGACCUCGUAUGAGAACCUUCGAGCCAGCGGCGAUGCUGGCUACGAGCCGGAAGGUCGCGCCAAUACUGCUUCAUCUCCCGAUCAAUCAGGUUACCUGUCCAACCCUUCGUCCGCGCGACGCAUCCAGGACCUGCAUUCUGGUUACGAUGUUCCAGCUACCAACCGUGUUAGCACUGUUCAGGAGGUUUCUGAUGAGGAGUACGACGAGCGCGAUGUGCGCGAACCUCAAUACGAGAACACUGAGCGGAUGACCACGCCAACGCAAGAAGUGUACCACGAGAGGAAGUUGUCACAAGAAUCACCACAGGCCUCUAGAGCGAUGCGGGAUUCACAGAGCCUGGACAACACCCCGAAGCGAAAGCACAAGUCUAAUACUUCGUCAAUUUUUGGCAUUCCCAAGAUCUCAAGAUGGUCCAAGACUACAUCAUCCACCAAUCCUGAGACUCUGCCCCGCAACAGCGGUUCCAGCGAGAAGCGACCUUACUCCAGCCACUCCAGAUCUGGCUCAAGGCAGUCGCUCGAGUACUACGACGACGAGCCAUAUGAGAUGCGUAAUGAUGACAGGCUCCGGUCCAGCACCUCUUUAGCCAGGGAAGAGCGUGCUUCAAUCCGCUCAGCACGGUCUCCUUCCCCUCUCAUCCCCGAUGAUGACGAUCUCCAGUAUGAGAUGGAAGACCCAAAGUAUCAGGCUCACCGCAACUCGUUGAACCUGCAACACCCCCAGCCCCGCGCUGGCCCGACUGGCCGUCACCAGAACCACCUCGAGACCCAGGCGCAGAUCUAUGAGCCUCUCUCGUCUCCCGACUAUGACCAGUGGGGCAGCAUGCCUGCCCUGGCUCGGAAUCGCAUGUCUGCCGGCAGCGCGCCGCAGGGACCCAUGUCACCCAUCUAUUCUGAUGGCGGAUAUAGCCAGCACUCGGCUUCGGAGCAGCAAGCACCACCCCGGCCGCCAAAGAUUGCAGAUGAUGGCCCCCUGGUCCCACCCCAGCAGCCUCUUGCUGGCUACGGUCAGACCAGGCAGAUGUACAGCUCUACCAACGAGUUUGGAAGCCAGGGUGCCUUGACACCACUUGCACCCAUUGCAGAGGCCAAGCAGCCAGCACCUCCGUGCCAACGCGGCGAUGAACAGCCCACAGCGCAAGAUCACAGGGCCAAGGCCAAUGGGAAGCAGAAGCCCAAGUGGACAGGCGGGUCUGCAGUAUUCUGAUACCGUCAUUCGCAGGAAGCCUGUUGCUGAUGACGAGGAAUCUUUGCAAUCCUACCGUAGCAGCCUCGACUCGGAAAUCUUCUAGGAACGUAACGGCCGGCCUUGCUUCAACGUCCGAGGCUAUCUAGCCAAGGAAGUCAAAACGACGGGAAAGAGUAAAUAUACGGAAAAGAAAAAUCGCGCUUGUGAUACCAUUUUGAUUAUAGUUUUUUGGGUGAACAUAUUCGGUCGCGUUAGCAUAGGCUUGGGGCAUGAGGCUGUGAUGACUUCAUGCCGAUAUGAGCGAUGAGCGAUGAGCGAUGACAGGAGUAAUAGGAUAGGAGGGAAAUCUGCGUAUAUAGUUUAUGAUGAAUGGAAAUAAAUGCAUUCGUCGA